UGCGCCGGGCGCUCGGGCUCGCUCGCCGCGCCAGUCGUUCGGCGGAGCUCGGGGAGGUUAGGACGGGUCGCGCGCGCGCCCCCGGAUGCGAAUGCUCGGUGGUACGGCGCAGCACCGCGACGGUCGACAGACGGUAGCGGAUACGCGGCGCGGAGUCGCGCGAUCACGGCGCCGGUCUCGCUCCCCUUCUCGCGCGCUCGCUGGCGAGCGUCCGUCGUCCCCGUCGCUCCCGUCGGCUCGACCCCGUCCCGGUAACGGGGGCGAGCCUCGCUACGCCCGCUCGUCGACCCUCGUCCGUGCACAUCGUGCUCGCCGCCGCACCUGUCGAUACGGAGCGCCGGAGGGAGCGGAGGACAACCCGAACAGCACCGUGCGUUCCCGGCCUAGUGACCUGACCUUGGAUCGGCCCGACCAGAGUUUCAGCGUGCUCGCCAUGCAUGGAUUUUGAACUUCCAUUUCCAACACGAGAGUCCGUGUAGCCAGGCGCGACGCAGAACGGAACUCCCACAAUGUGAACGUACAAACAAGCGCAAAUGCCCAACAAGGCGCGGCCUCGUCAAGAGUGGUCUCCUCAAUCCCCCAUAGAUGUCUUGUGGACGUCACCCCGCUCCACCAUGAGGCCGGCCGAGGGUGACGCGUCGGAUUGCAUUCUGGUGGUCGGCGUGUCCAGGUCGAAGAUGGCCGUCGCUUUUCUAUCGGUCGCCCUGCUGUCUCUCUUCCUCACCUUCCACAUACUCUACGACAGCGCCGUUUACAGCCUCCACGCGGUCUCCGCCGUCGAGGGACGCACGGUCGAGCUGGUCUCUCAGGUACACGCGACACCGCCUCUCCUCUUCACCAACUCCAAGGUUCACUUCCCGCGCACGAAUCGCCAUCUCCCCCAGGCCAUCAUAAUCGGCGUACGCAAAUGCGGCACGCGGGCGUUGCUGGAGAUGCUGUUCCUGCACCCGCAGAUACAGAAGGCGGCCGGCGAGGUCCACUUCUUUGACCGUGACGACAACUACGGCAAGGGUCUGGAGUGGUACCGGCGCAAGAUGCCGUACUCGUUCAAAGGGCAGAUCACCAUCGAGAAGAGCCCGAGCUACUUCGUGACGCCCGAGGUGCCCGAGAGGAUCCGCGCGAUGAACGGCAGCGUCAAGUUGCUGCUGAUCGUGCGGGAGCCGGUCACUCGGGCGAUAUCGGAUUACACGCAAUUGCGCACGCACGCCGCGACCGCGUCCACGCUGACUAACGGCACGCCGCAACAGCAGCAGCAGCAGCAGCAACAGCAACAACAGCAACAACAGCAGCAGCAGCAAGUGGCGCGUACAUUCGAGGAGCUUGUUAUGCGACCCGACGGUACCAUCAACGAGUCCUACAGACCGGUCGCCAUCUCCCUCUAUCACACCUAUAUGCAUCGCUGGCUGGAAGUGUUCCCCAGGGAGCAGAUCCUCAUAGUGAACGGCGAUCAAUUGAUCGAGGAUCCGGUACCGCAGCUGCGCCGAAUCGAGAAUUUUCUCGGGCUGGAGCCGCGCAUCGGUCGGCACAACUUCUAUUUCAACCACACCAAGGGCUUCUACUGCCUGAGGAACGAGACCUCGGAGAAGUGUCUGAAGGAGAGCAAGGGGAGGCGUCAUCCGCGCGUCAGUCCGAUGGUCGUGACGAAGCUGCGCAAGUUCUUCAACGAACACAAUCAACGCUUCUACGAGCUCGUCGGGGAGGAUCUCGGCUGGCCGGAGGAAUAACCAUCGUGGAAAGUACCGACUCGUUCGUUACGCUACGCGAGUCGCGUGUGCAUCCAGCGGCGGGCAUGAUCGUUGAAGUAAAAUCAAAUACCCCAUCGUCUUCUCUGCGCCGAAGAAGAUGAUAUCGCUGCCGAUCGCCGAUGGAAUUUACCGCGGGUCGAACAACUGACGUCGUCGACCGAGACUCUCCGGGAUUACAUCGUUUCGAUCAGCGAUACUCCUCGGGGACGCCGGCAAGGAUAAGUAAUUUAUUAUUGAUUAUCGAUUCCUUUAUUCUCGACAAAGUGGCGUAACGCGCUGAUGUUUCACGACGACAGUACCGGCGCCGUUAUCAGCGGAUGCGUGCGAGACCGAGGCGUCUUGUUAUUGCACUGUCAAACAUGUGAGCGUAUACAAAACAUGCAAACACACGAAUACACGCGUACGCACACACACACACACGUGCAGACAGAGAGACACAGACACAAAAGUUACAAUAACGCCGGCCAAAAUAAAAUAGAGACGCGGAUCUGCGAGACGAGCGCGAUCGCCUCGUGGAUUCACGCGGCAUGCGGAUCACAUUGGUCCGUGACUUUACAUAUCAAUUUUACAUAUCGAUAGUUUACAUAUCAAUAGGUUAACUAGUUCGUAUGACAAAGAUUGAAUAUUUUUAUAAUCCACAUUGGAAGUUGUUAUAUCGCUUAUGUCGUUAAGGAUAUUACGUAACGCGAAGGACUCGCGCGCGAUCAUGAAGAUCGAGAGUUUUAUUUAUUGCGCCCCCGCGCAUGCACGACCCGUCGCCACAAGGUACAGAGGGCUGGUGUAAUUAUGCCAGACCCCCGCUCUUUUCGGAGAGAAACCGACAGAGAGAGAGAGAGAGAGAGAGAGAGAAAGAGAGAAUCAGAAUCAGAAUCAUUAUUUAUUACACA